GCUCAAGCAUUGGCUCACUUCAGCACGGGGAGGGAGCAGCUCCGGCUGAAUGCACUGCAGCCCACAGCGUAUCAGCUCGGAAAGCAGGGGGGCGAGGGGGGAAGAGAAGAGGCUGCUCUCCCGGGCUGGCAGUCGGACACGGCUGCGCUGGGCUUCAGGCUGUUUCUCUGGAAGUAUUUUGAAGCCCGGGCUUUGGAUGAAGAGAGAGAUUCAUCUGCUGAAUUGACACAUUUCACUUUCAAGAAAAUUCAGAACAGAAUUAAGUUUGACUUGUGUGUUUUCCCAGUCUUGACUGACCUCUGACUGAUGAGAACAUGUUGCUUGCUCUUUGUUAGGCCUUAUCACAUACAAAUCAUCUUGGAUUUGAAACUUUUAUGUCGUUCCAGACUUUUUGUGAGGAGCUUACACUUGUCUUUCAAGAGUUUAUCGGCAAAUCUUUUUUUUAGGAAAACAUCGCAACUGCCUGGAAUGAAUUACCUGAAUUGUUUUGUUGUUGGUAACGUAUCCAAGUAAUUUUCGAGUGUCUGGAAUCAAUUCCUUGAGAUAUUUUGAUACAGAGCUUUUCUUCCUAAAUGUUCCUGUUCCUUUUCCAAACCUCUUUAUUUUUAAAUGUUCUGUGCCAUCUUCUACAGAUUAUUUUUUUAAGUGUGUUUCAUUAAGAACUAAAAAGCCAUCUUCAGCUGAGGAAUUACUUUGUUGAACUCUGCCUGGCUUGGCUGCCUCUGAAUACCAAAGGCUUUAAUAAUAGUCAAGAUGUCUACUAAAGUCCCAAUCUACCUGAAAAGGGGCAGCAGGAAGGGGAAGAAAGAGAAACUCCGAGAUAUCCUCUCUUCUGAUAUGAUCAGCCCUCCACUGGGGGACUUCAGGCACACGAUUCACAUAGGGAGCGGGGGAGAGCAUGAUAUGUUUGGAGAUAUUUCUUUCUUGCAAGGGAAAUUCCACCUUCUGCCGAGGACCGAAAGCAACCUAGAUGCCGACAAAGAUGGCUCCUAUGGAGUGUCAUUUGAGUUCUCAAGGACUGCUACCAUCUCUGGGCAUGAGCAACCAUUGUCUGAAACCCCUUCGCCCCUCUUAAAGAAUGCCAUCUCGCUGCCUGUGAUUGGAGGCCCGCAGGCUCUUAUGCUGCCUUCGACCCAGGCUCCACCCAAACCACCACGGCUGCACCUUGAUGACAAAGUUCAACUGGCUCAGCCAGGCAAAGAAGCUGGGGAAGAACUGGUCUCAUCCAAGAACGGCAGGACUGCAGAGCCCAACCCCCAUUUCUGCCCCACCACUGAGUCGUUCACUAUUGCUCAAAAUGGGUUUGUUGAAGAGAAAAAUGAGGAUAAGCCCUUUAUGUCCCACGCCGGCUCUUUGCUGUCUCUCCACGUGGAUCUGGGGCCAUCUAUCUUAGAGGACGUCCUUCAGGUGAUGGAGAAACACCAAGCUGGUGCAUCAAUAUCGGAUUCCAGCAGACAAGAAAUCCUGACGUGAAAACUGAGAGGACUUCCCCAGGGGAGGGCUCUAAAAUGAAGUUUUGUAAAUAAAAAUAUUUUUUUUCCCCAAGUGGAACAUGGAUAAUUCGGCCAGUCUAAACAAGUGAUUUUUAUCCAGUCUGGGAUCCUGAAAGCAUAUCUUCACUAAUAGGAUAUUGUUCAGCUUAUAGGGAUGUGUUACUUAGUCUUCCCAGAGAUCUUCAUACCGACAGAAUGAGAUUUUUUUUUUGGGGGGGGGGGGGGGGGGGGGAAAGGUACUUUCUGCAGGCCCUCCAAUGCCUCUCAAUCCUGAAAACAACUAUGGAGUCAAUGUAAAUUCAGAUGCAACUAUAAAUUGCAAGUUACCAAUAAGGACUUUAACUUGACUGACAUGAUUAAAAUGUUAAAAGAUGUGCUUUAAAAAAAAAAAAAGUGUCAUUUUAAAGGGUUUGUACAGGGUGUGGUGUGACUGGUGGUGUUGUGAAAUAUCAAUGGUUUAAUCCCAAAAGACCUUGGUUCAGAUGGUGAGCGAGAGACUAUUUUUAUAGAGAACUUUCUGAAGUAAAAGCUGCAAAGUAUGCCAUAUGGCUGACGCCUAUUGUCAAAGCAGAAAAGGCUGUAGGUUGGAAUAUAACUGCAUAUACUUAAGAGGAUUUCUCAUUAGCAUUGUAAUCAAGAUUCACUGUUCACAUUCUAGCUGGAUAACUCGCCUACAGAUGUAGUGUAACAAAAAUCAGGUUGAUCCGUACUGUUCUAAAGCAGACUAUUUUCCAUCUGUACUUACUAUUUGAAGACGUGACCACUUGGUGUUUUGCAGGUAACUUCAAUUGUCAAAUAGACUGUUAGCAACUUUAUUUUAUUUUUGCCUUUUAAUUGGAUUUUUUUUAAACUGCCAACUUACUAGUAAAACUACUGGGAAAAAAAAUCCAUUGGCCUUUGAUGUUGUUCCUUCUUUCUAAAGAAGAUAAGAGUAAAAAGCUGGCGGGCUCUGUGUUUUAACAAAGACAUCACUACAUGCAAUGGCUGAAGGUUGACAGGUUCAACUAUAUAAGCCCAAAAUAUUUUAGCAGUGAGGGCAACUGAUCACUGGAACAGAUGACCAAUGAAUGUGGUAAAGUCUUCAUCCCUUGGUGUCUUUAAAUCCAGGCAGGCUGACUAAAAAAGAUGUGCUUUCAUAGAUUUCAUAGCCCUUAGAGCUGGAAGGGACAUAGGGAGAUCAUCGGGUCCAGACCCCUGCCCAAAGAGCAGGAAGUCAGCUGGGGUCAGAUGAUCCUAACAAGAUAAUCAUCCAAACACUUCUUGGACGUGUCCAGAGUAGGUGCUUGUACCACAAUUCACACCGUUUAAUUUCUGCAGUGAGCCAGUGAGUGAAACUUUCUUCCCGUGUCAUGCAGGAUGUUAGACUAGCUGACAUGGAUCCAUGCUGCCUUGAAACCUAUGGAAAUCCAAAUUCUGCUGCCAUUGGAACGGCAGAAAUAACAGAGACAGCAUUUGGUUCCUUUGGACCCAACGCAUUUGGACGCCCAACGCCCUUCAAAAUCUUUUGGGGGUGUAUGGCUUAUUUUUAAUGUGUGAACACCUAGGGAAUCCAGUCUAUCUAUCUUAAUAUUUAUGGAUCUCUCUGUGCUGUGCAAAAAUGUUCAACCAUAGCUUUAUGCAGGGUGACUUCAGAAAUGCAAGCAGCAAUUCUGUUAGUAGCAGUGAGAAAUAGAAUUGAUUAGCCCCUCUGCAGGUCAGCAUUAAUGUGGCUAAACUGCUGUCUGGUUCCAGAGUGAGUGCAGAGUAUUUGCAUGCUGUGGACUUGUGUUGCUGUAAAUAUCUGAGUACCUCAUAAUCGUUUGAUGCAUUUUAUCCCUGUAAUCUCCCUGGAAAGCAGAGAACCUUUUUUGCAGCCAAAUGCUAAAUGUCUCUAACCUCUGGUAUCUGGUUCCUUCUCUGGGAAGGAAAAUCAUCUCAUGCUUGGAGUGGGACUCCUGGGUUUCCUUCCCAGGUCUAGAGGGUGUUAUGGUCCACUGUUCAAAACCAGUGAGGGGGUGCAAGGGCCUGUAAGUUGGAACUGGAAGCUGUUCCCAGCUCAACCACUGACAUAUGGCUUUCAGCAAGUUCUCUGUGCCUCAGUUUCCGUGUCUGCAGAACAGAGAUAGACAUGCCUUUUGUGUGCUGUGCCAAGGAUCUGAAGCUUGUAGUAUGUGGAACUCCUAUUCGUAAAGGCAAUAACUAAUUGUUGAAGAAUCAGUUGUGAAAUUUUUGGCAGCCUUGGUUUUUAGCACUAUGGAAAUUUCUUAUUUCCUUAUGCAUCCUAAAGUGCAAUGACUUUCUGCUUUAUUUCCCUGAGCCUUGACUGUUUAAUCUUUCUAUAGGGGAAUAAAUAAUGACUCAUUAA